UGUCAAAUUCAUUUGCUUCGUUUUGAUCCAUAUAUUCAAAUCAGCUGUUCAGUAAAUCCAAAAAAGUUGUUUUACUAAGGAAUCGGCAUUUGAAAGUUUACAAAUUUCUAAAAUAAAAAAAAUACAAUGAAUAAAAUGAAAAAGAAUCAAACAUUUUUACAACGCAAUUUGGUUACCAUUGUGAUGAUCCCUUCCCUUAUUGGCAUGCAUUACGCGUGGAGUGUAAUGCAAAAAAAUCGCACAUUAGUUUCCGCCGAAGAAGAGAUCGAUCUGCCAGUUGUGACGUUUGCAAAAUAUUGCUGGAGGCGAGUGCAAGGCGUGACGGGAAGUGAGCAAAAUGUUGAAGCCACAACACCCGCUGCAACACCGGCAGCAGCAAAGUAAAAUCAACUCAAAUGUGCGCGUAUUCGAAAUAGAGUAUAGAAUGUUGUAAAUAUCACAUUUUUUGGUAUUUAAAAUAUGUAUAAACACGUAUUUGCCUUUCCUGUUUAUGUUUGUAAUAUUUUAAGAGUUCAAUACCCAGACAAUACAGUAAAAUACAUUUUAUUUAAUAAUA